AAAGAUUCCUGAAGACCCGCAAAAUCCGAGAAGCAGAGGAGGCUGCUCGUAGGUCAAGAAUAACCAAGGCAAUAAUUCGGGUACGCUUCCCUGAUAAUUGCACAUUAGAGGUGAAGUUCCAUCCAUCAGAGACUUUGCAAAGUUUAAUUGAUCUUCUCAUGAAAGUGAUUGCUAGACCAGACCUACCAUUUUAUAUAUAUACAACUCCUCCAAAAAAGCGAAUGGUGGACAUGUCUCAGGAUUUCUACUCUGCUGGCUUUGUUCCUGGUGCAAUUGUAUAUUUCUCAUAUGAUCUGCAGAAAGGGGACAAUGCUGCAGAAACUUCAGCCCCCUUUCUUCGAGAUGAGAUCAUGUGCCUCAAGGGUCUGGAUGUACUUCUGGAACAGGUUGAAUCUGUCCAAUCUGCAGUGGAAACUGCAGUGGUGGAACCAUCUCCUGUUGUUCAAGAACGUAAAGCUGUUGAGAAGAAACCUGUUAAGCCAAAAUGGCUCAAAAUGUGACACAGCCUAUUGCAUAUGUGUAUACGGGAUGUACUUGCUUUGCUUCUGUAGCAUAAAUAAAUGGUUACAAAGGUCAUUUGGUCGAGAAAGAGCUACCAGGAAAAUCAAAACUGUAAGGUGUUGAAGACAAAGGGGAUGGUUUUUCUUUUCUUUUCUCUCUUUUUUUUUUUUAAUUUCUCAUUGAUUUAAAUCAGCUUAUUUGAUGUUUAGGUGGGGAAUCAUAACUUUAAUACAAAAUUCUAUUCCUCCAUGCUGAAUCAGAUUUCAUAUCAUUAAACCAUUUUGUCAA